AUGGAACAAUUAUUAUCAAUUACUUCGAGAAAGGUGAUAGAAUCACUUUCUCUCAAAGAAUUGAAAAGUAUCUACAGCAAACUCAAGAAGGCUUUCCCAGCAGGGAAGAAGAAUGAUGUUGUUAAUGAUUUAAUAUCUUGCUACCCCUCUGACCAGUCCAACGAAAUUACAAGUAAGAAAGAAUUACUCAGAAGAAUCAAGGAUUUGAGAGUAGUUCCGGAACGGACAGAAGAGGAAGAGGUAGAAGAGGAAGUAGAGGAAGAAGAGGUCUCAAGUGAAGUGCUGUCAAAAAGGAUUAGAGAAUUAGAAGAAGAGUUAGACUUUAUGCGUGAUGAGGUUAAGAAAGCAAAGUCAUCGGCCGAACGAGACAUCAACCAAAUCAUGGUUGAUUGA